CUGCUAUCUUAACUUCAGUAUGGUCUCUAACCAGAUCAUUACCGCUGUAGUGUUGUUUUUUGUCAAACUAGAAGCUAAAGCAUAUGUUUAGUGUUUUGUGUUCUAGUGGGUUAAAAGUUUAUCAACAUUGUGUUUGUUAUUCACUGUGUAGACUUUUGAUGGUAUUUAGUGCUUGUUUCCCAUCUUCAUAAUUUGUAAAUAAACAGUACAUAAAUAUAGAGUCUCGGAUUAACUUUCUAAUACAAAAAGUUCAAGAAACCAGUACAAUCAAGACAGAAUGCAUAACUCUUUUUGGUUUGAUUUCCACAUCGAAGACUUUUUAUUUCAAGGAUUGAAUAUUAACACUGUUUCAGGGCUAUUGCUGCUUUGUUUGGCGCUAACCGGAUUGGCUGUUACAUUUGAGGCAUUGAAAGUUUUCCAGACAGGAAUAAAAUCUGCUCUACUUUUUCCUAAAUUUAGUGCAAAUGCAUCCAGUUCGCAUGAUGACACAACCUUGCUAGGAGAUUUUUCAGGAAAUAUCGGAAGAAGGAAAAUAUAUUAUUUUAUAGAAGUCAGUCUCUACAUGAUUCAAGUGAUACUAGGCUACUUGUUAAUGCUCUCUGUAAUGACAUAUAAUGGAUAUGUGGCGAUGGCAAUAUUGUUUGGAUUUGCUGUUGGUUAUGCUCUGUUCGGACAAACGCUGAUUGAAAGAAGAUUAAAAAGUAUACAAUUUAAAAUACCUUGCAAUCAUUGUCUUGGGAGUGAAAGAAAGGCAAGUGCUGACAUAACUGUACUUGAUGAAGAGGCAAGUUCCAGUUCCAGGAUUCAAGCUGAUAAUCUGCCAGAAAUUCUAGAUUAAUUGAGUACACAGAUACAUUAACACACUAACAAUUAUGUUUAGAUU